AUGGUUUUUUUAUCUCCACCAGUUAACUGUGAUCUUCCAAAUGAUUCUCCCUUUAUUCCAAAAAACUAUAAUUUUGAAAUAAAUAAAACACUUAGAACUAUUCUCAAAUACAAAUGUAAGAUUGUAACACUUCAAUUUCCAGAUGGUCUUUUACGCUACUCUCUAGCAAUAAUUGACUUAAUAUCUCAGUAUACUGGUGCUACAUCAAUAGUUCUUAAUGAUGUGGUGUAUGGAGCAUGUUGUGUCGAUGAUAAAAGUUUAAAAAGUGACUUACUAAUUCAUUAUGGGCAUUCUUGUUUAGUGCCAGUUACAGAAAUGUUUACAAAAGUUCUUUAUGUCUUUGUUGAUAUCAAAAUUGACAUCACACAUCUACAGAAAUUAAUACACAAUAAUUUUAAUGAGCCCGUUUCUAUAGUCGGAACUAUACAAUUUAAUAGCAGUAUUAAUAAAUUGAAGCGGUUAUCCAAUGUUUCUACGCCUCAAAUAAAACCCUUAAGUCGUGGAGAAGUUCUGGGUUGUACGUCACCAAAAAUUUCUACAAAUGUUGUUAUUAGUGUUGGUGACGGCCGUUUUCAUUUAGAAAGUGUCAUGAUUAAUAAUCCAUUACUUUCUUUUUUUAAAUAUUGUCCGUUUAGUCGAAAAUUGACGCGAGAAUAUUAUGACUACACAAAGAUGGUUUAUUUGAGAUCAAAGAAUAUAAAAAAGGUUAGGGCUGGUAAAAAUUUUGGAAUAAUUUUAGGAACAUUAGGUAAACAAGGUAAUAAAACAAUAUUGAAAAAUGUUAUUGAUAAAUUAAAAAAAUACAAAUUAUAUAUUUUUAUGAUGGAAGAAAUUACACCCAACCUACUUGAUCGUUACGGUUUUAUAGAUUCGUUUGUUCAGAUUUCAUGUCCAAGAUUAAGUACUGAUUGGGGUGAAGCAUUUACAAAGCCACUUUUAUCUUCUUAUGAAGUCUUCUACGAGCUGGGUAGUGAAUAUAAAUUAGAUUAUUACAGUAAAGAAGGAUAUGCACCAUAUAAAAACUAUAAUAAUGUAAUAAAUAAUCAAAAUUGA